AGGCUGCGGGCGGCCCGAGCCGCGCGAACUGUGCCUCGGCCGCCGCCAGCCGCCCGCCGCGUCUCCCCGGGCCCCGCUCCUCGCGGCGCCCCGGCUCCCGCGUAGCCCGUCGGGGCGCCCCGGCCUCGCCCCUGCCCGCCUUCCCUCCUUCCUGCAGCGGCCAAGCGCGCAGAUGCCUGGUAGACACCUUAGGACUUUAAAAACAGAAAAGACCUGCUUCUAGGGGAUAAUGCUGAGGGACACUAUGAAAUCUUGGAACGAUAGCCAGUCAGAUCUCUGUAGCAGUGACCAAGAAGAGGAAGAAGAGAUGGUUUUUGGUGAAAAUGAAGAUGAUUUGGAAGAGAUGAUGGAUUUCAGCGAUCUGCCUACCUCACUUUUUGCUUGCAGUGUCCAUGAAGCUGUGUUCGAGGUGCAAGAGCAGAAGGAGAGAUUUGAAGCACUUUUCACUGUCUAUGACGACCAAGCGACAUUUCAGUUGUUUAAAAGCUUUAGAAGAGUCAGAAUAAAUUUCAGCAAACCCGAAGCAGCAGCAAGAGCACGAAUAGAACUCAACGAAACGGACUUCAACGGGAAGAAGCUGAAGCUGUAUUUUGCCCAGGUACAGAUGUCCAGUGAAACCGGGGACAAGUCAUAUUUACUGCCCCCGCAGCCGGUCAAACAGUUCCUCAUCUCCCCUCCCGCCUCGCCGCCUGUGGGGUGGAAGCAGGGGGAAGACGGAAUGCCUGUUAUAAACUAUGACUUACUCUGUGCGGUUUCCAAACUGGGACCAGGAGAGAAAUACGAGCUCCAUGCUGGAACGGAGUCGACGCCAAGCGUGGUGGUUCAUGUCUGCGAAAGUGAAACUGAAGAGGAAGAAGAAACAAAAAACCCCAAACAGAAAAUUACCCAGACGAGGCGCCCCGAGCCUCCAGCCGCAGCACUGAGUGAGCCCCAGACCUUCGAUGGGGCACUGUGAGGCCUCUGGCUGGUGCCAGGCAGCUGCCCCCUGGGGGCUCCGCACUGGAGGUCCCUGCCCCUUCUGGCGCACCGCGGCUCGGCGUGUGGGGGUGAGGCUGGGGGCGUGUGUAUGUGUGGGUGAGGCUGGGGGCGUGUGUGUG